AUGUUCGGCAGUCCCAUUAGCGCACGGGCGGACCCUUCGUCUGGCCGGGCAGCCAGUCGAUCGGCUAGCCCCUUUCGCCAGGGCCGAGCACCCCACACCAGCCACACCAGCCACACGCUUCCAGGACCACCUGGCACCCAGCGCCUACCGCGAGCGGUCGUUGAACACCUGCGACUGGUUCAUCUCACACAGUUGGACGAGCUUUCGGAUCUCCGGACCAGAUUGCGUGCUACGAGGGAUUUGGAGCGGCGGCGCCAUGAGCUGCAGCAGCAGGUUUUGGUCAUGCGGCAUCGUGAGGAGCAACUGGCAACAGAGGUGGCAGCAACUGCCCGGCAUCUCGCUGGACGCCACCAAGCGCUGGGGAAGCUUCGUCUCGAGCUCGCUGAUUUGGACAAGAGCUGCAGCAAUGUGGAGGCUCACAUUCGGGUCUUGCGUAACAUCGCCGACAAACUCAGUGCGGACGCACUUGCUGAGGACACUGCCUCAGAGCUGCACAAUCCAAUUUCAACCAGUAAUUGCACGCACCUUGUGAAAGCUGACCCCCUUCAUGUUCACUUCAUGCAUGGCCUGCUUGAUGAAAUGGAGCAAGUCUGA